AUGCUGGACGUGUUGUGGAGCGACCCGCAGACGUCGACCGGCUGUUGCCCCAAUACGUUCCGCGGCGGCGGCUGCUAUUUCGGCCCGGACGUGACGGACAAGGUGCUGCGCCUCAACCAGCUGCAGCUGCUCAUCCGCUCUCACGAGUGCAAGGCUGACGGUUACGAGUUCACCCACGACGGCAAGUGUCUGACUAUCUUCUCGGCGUCCAACUACUACGGCCCCGGCUCGAACCGCGGCGCUUACGUGGUGCUGCAGGGUGCUGAACUACGGCCACACUUCGUCCAGUUCACUGCCCAAACCAAGGCCAAAUAUAUCUCGAUGAGGCAGCGGGUAGGCGCGUUGGAGGCCUCCGCCUUGAACGAGCUCCGCAAGAAGAUUCUGGCCUCAAAGCAGACGUUGAUGCAUGAGUUUAAGAAGCACGACCCGGCCAGGAAAGGUUUGAUCCCGGCAGCCGACUGGGUGGCCGUGAUGGAGCGACACUGCUCAUCUACCAUCCCCUGGCGCACGCUGCGCGAGAAGAUCGUGGCGGCGAAGAGCAACGGUCAGAUCCCCUACGUGGAGACAUUCUCCGAGGCCCCGCGGCCGACCGGCCCACGAGCGAGCACGCAGGAGAGCCCGAGCGUCGUGGAGGCGCUCUACCGCAACAGGGACCGGCUAGAGACCAUCUUCGGAUUCUGGACAAGGACCACUCUGGUAGAGAAGCGGGCCGCGGGGUCGCGCUCGCGGUUCCUCUCAUUGGACGAGUUCGCCGACGCUGCUCCCUCCUACGGAAACUACCUGUGCGAGCCGAUCCCAUACGACGAGAUGGUCAACAUGGCCAGAAGCAUGGACAUCAAUAAGGACGGCUUCAUCGACUUCAACGAGUUCCUGGAGACCUUUCGGCUGGUUGACAUGGAGGGGAGUUAUGCCGUGGAGGACGCGUGACAUUGAAAGCCGACAACAUCUGCCCGAUAUCGGUUGGUGGACCCGUGCAAUAUGUGCCGUCACAUCAAGAGGAACCAAACCGAGAUCUCUUGAAUGCGUUAUGCCGAAAAGCGCGCCGUAUAUCUACAUAAAUAUACCACGUGCCGGUCCAACGUGCUGGUUACACGUGAGAUGUAUCGGUCUUGUCGAAGGUGAGAAGCUUCCUGAAUGUGAGGAGUGCUGCUGAUUGCUUUUAUUCAGCAAAUAAUGCCGUUCCUCUUGGCCUCGGUCUGAAUGAACCGUAUUUUCUUAUCAGCUCCCACUACGCCCGAAGCAGAGUCGGGCAGGAUUGAGUGAUCUAUCGCCAUCAACAUUGCUGUGACCUGGGUGGCAACUUCGUACUGCGAGUAUGUAUUGCUUUGUGAUGACUUGCCAAAGCGCGCAGUUGUUUGCUAUUGUCGGUAGCCCAUUGGAUGGAUUGAGGGUGACAAAGAAUGACCGGAACGUUAGGA